UUUGAUCAUACUUUCGAGCAGUUUUUCAAUUGCGUGGUUACUCAGCCGGAGAAGAAAAGCAAAUUUAAAGGAAUGAAACAUUUUAUCGCUUACAACGUCACACCGUCCGUACGUAUUCAACUUAAACUUACAGACAGCUCUAUCAAUUAUAUGGUCUCCAGUGUUACUACAGGAGGAAACCUAAACCAAACUAACUUUAUUUCUACUGGAUAGCUCUAUCAGUUCUAAACUGUUCUUCCUAGAGUUCCAGUGAGGAUCAUCUCUUAUUGAUCCAGUGUUACUACAGGAUGAAACCUAAACUAACUUUAUUUAUACUGGAUAGCUCUAUCAGUUCUAAACUGUUCUUUCUAGAGGCCGAGACCGAAGCUCUAUCAGUUCUAAACUGUUCUUUCUAGAGGCCCAGUAAGAAUCAUCUCUUAUUGAUCCAGUGUUACUACAGGAGGAAACCUAAACCAAACUAACUUUAUUUCUACUGGAUAGCUCUAUCAGUUCUAAACUGUUCUUCCUAGAGUUCCAGUGAGGAUCAUCUCUUAUUGAUCCAGUGUUACUACAGGAUGAAACCUAAACUAACUUUAUUUAUACUAGAUAGCUCUAUCAGUUCUAAACUGUUCUUCCUAGAGGUCCAGUAAGAAUCAUCUCUUAUUGAUCCAGUGUUACUACAGGAGGAAACCUAAACUUACGUUCUAAACUGUUCUUCCUAGAGGUCCAGUAAGGAUCAUCUCUUAUUGAUCCAGUGUUACUACAGGAGGAAACCUAAACUAAACUAACUGUAUUUAAAUUGAAUAGGUUUAACAGUAUUUCUUGUAUUCUCAGUGUACGGGUAUCGCGGUCAGUCGUCGUUUCAAGCAUUUUGAUUGGCUGUACUGUAGAUUACUGGAAAAAUUCACAUGUUUAUCCAUACCACCGAUCCCUGAAAAACAGAUCACAGGUUAUUAUUAUUAUUAUUAUUAAAUUCGUUACAAAUGUUUAAACUGACACUCAUUUACAUAACAUGUUACAAGAAAAUGUACGUGACUGGCGGUAUAUGUUUUAUAUGUAGUGCUAGAAUUUAAAACAACGAAACCAGUAAAACUAAAAAAUUAGAAUAAGUUAUGAACAACAUCAACCUGCGUACACUUGGACUAAAGGUUGAGGUUACUAGACCGUAAUAUUGGCGGAUUGGACGUUUAUAAUCCGACAAUUGGCUAAUGUUUAAAAUUCGAUCCGAAAUUGUCUAAUCCGAUCCGAUCCGAGUUUGGAUAAAGAAUUGGAAUCCGAUCUGAUCCAAAGAAUCCUUUAAUAAAAUAAAUUUCUCAUUCAAGUUGAAAUAUUUAACCAAAUAAAUAUAAAAGCAAGAAAUACAUGUCAAGAAGCUGACAUAGUGACGUCCAAUUGAAGUAUCACUCGAAAAAUGCAGCGACAACCGCGAUAAUGCUUUGAUAAAUGCAUGGAUAAUUAAUUCUUGCGAUAAUGCGUGGAUAAUUAAUUCAUUUUAUUUCGGAUAUCGAAGUCCGAUCCGACUACGAAACAACUUUAUCAAUCCGAUCCGAAAUGUAUAUUUUUGUUCCGAAAUCCGAACGAAUCCGAUCGGAUUCGGAUCGGAUUUGCACACCUCUAAUUGGCGCACCUCCGGUACGUAAGUGCGCGCAUUAUCAUACCCUGUGAAUAUCCAGUAUUAUUUUCCGUUUUCAUCUUUUACAAUAGGAAAAUACGCCGACGAAUUUGUAGAAAAACGACGUGAAAUGCUCGAGAGAUGGCUCAAUAGAUUAACAAGACAUCCUUUAGUAUCGAAAAGUGAAGUCUUUCAACAUUUUCUCUUCUGUAAAGACGGCGAAAAGGCGAGUGGUUAAUUCUUUGUUUUAAAAGCCAGUGAUAUAUUUGAUGUAGGGUGAGAAUACAAGCACUUUUCACAUGCAACUCAGCUCAACUGAUGAUGCUCUUCAUUUUGCAGGAGUGGAAAGCUGGUAAAAGGAAAGCCGAGUGCGAUAAACUCUGUGGCGCUGCUUUCUUUCUAACUGUGAAAAGUCCAAUGACAGCCAUAUCUAUCGACGAGGCGUAAGUUGUUACUGAAAGGCACAGUUCUGCUUUUUGAAUGAUGGUUUUUAAGGCGCAUUUCAGCCCUUUUAAUCGAAAAAACUAACUAGGGAAAUCAAUUAUGCAUAAUUCAAGAUCUGAUCUUGAAUUAUGCAUAAUUGAUUUCCCUAGUUAAUUUUUUCAAUUAAAAGGGCUGAAAUGCGCCUUAAAAACCAUCAUUCAAAAAGCUGAACUGUGUAACGAAUAUUGUAGGGAAGCGUAGCUGGUAUACGCGUAAAAAUCUCCCAGCUUGUCAAAAAGGUGUGUUCGCACUGCUUGUUCCAAGUUGUUGACAAGUCUGGAACAAGUUGUUAUCAUCUUGUAACAAGGUUGAUGAGGCCAACAGAUUCAAAGCAAGUUGUUCCAACAAGUCUGAUAUCGUCUGCACGUAACAAGUUGUUAACAAGUUGAUGACAACAAGCUCGUAGCAACUUGUUACGAACAGCCUGUGUUAGUCUUGUUGAAACAACUUGUAGCAAGUCUAUAACAGUCAUCAACCUUGUAACAAGGUGAUAACAACUUGUUCCAGACUUGUCACAACAACUGGGAACAAGCAGUGCGAACACAUCCUGAAAUCGCUUGACAGCAACCUUGUUACAACGUGUUUGCAGAUCGCUAACAACUUGCGCGUUUUUACCUGUCCCUUUCCCAAGUAUCUGCCUAGCAUGGCAUUGUUUAUGAUAUUUCUUCCUCUUUCUAGUGACAUAAAAAUCGAAGAAUUUUCUCAAUUUUCAAAAACAAUGGAACAAAAUGUGCAGAGAUUUUAUGAAAGAUGUCAGUCCUAUGGUCUCAAGUACGAUGGAGGUAAAAACCAACAAUUUGGUUGUGUUUUGCUAUUUUUUGUUAGUAAGUCGGGUUGUAAUGUAAUAUUACCGUACACUAUAUAUGUGUUUUUUAAUGUGUUUUUUAGUGUUCAAAAAUUCGCAUAGAAAGUUUGGCUCGUCGUUUGAAAGCCUUAGUGACGCUUUUCAACAACAUGGUAGCGCAUGUAAGUUGUUUUAACAAUAACGAUGUUCACGAGUCUUCGUUCUGUAGCAAAUUAUAGUGAUUCUAUUUUAUUAACUGUGUUAUUUUAUAUCAGAUUCUCAACCUAUAACGGAGGCGAUCGCUCAUACUGGCAGAACAUAUGUUGAUAUAGGAGAGGCAUUUGGCGAACAGGUUAGAAAAUGAUGUUCAUUCUUUUCAUUGUUAUGUAGUAGUGAUAUAUACACACAUAAAAACGCACAAGUUGUUACAAGUCUGCUAACAAGUUGUUACAAAUCUGUUCACAAGCUGUCGACAAGUUGUCUUCGCACUGCUUGUUCCUAGUUGUUGUAACAAGUUUGCAACAAGCUGUUAACAAAUUGUAACAAAUUGUAACAAGCUUGAUGGCUUUAUCAGACUUGUUCGUAGCGUACCGAAGCCUAUCCAAAAAAGUUGUCAACAAGUUUGGAACAAGCUGUUGACAACUUGUAACAACUUUGUUAACAUUAUCAGGCUUGUUGCAAGGUUGUUUCAACAAGUCUGAUACAUUCAUGAUAUAGCAAUAUUGUUACAACCUUGUGUCGUCAACCUUGUAACAUUCUUGUUUAUCAUGACUGUAUCAGACUUGUUAGAACAACCUUGUCGUGAAUUGUAAAACUGGCUUAAUAGUGUAUUUAAAUUUCGGAAAUUUCGUCUACAAAGACCAAUCUGCUAUUUCUUUCAGCCUAGACUGGACAUAUUGCACCUGAUGGAAGGACUUCAAGAAUACACGGGCAUUUUAUCGACUUUCCCUGAAAUAAUUCACGUUCAUAAGGUACAUGUGAAUGUCUACCAUAACAGGAAAUAAUGAUCCUGGCAUCUUGAAUCUCAGAAAAGUUUCAGACCUGGCUUAGCUGGCAGAAAAUUUUAGGGUAUUGCAUAACAGACACAGAAAAUAAUUUAUUAGGAGGAAUAUUAAUGAACUCUGCAGAUCGACCCAUGCUAUCAUGUCUACCAUAACAGUACCAUUGUUGACAUGGCUUGAUUCUUAACCAUCCAUGUUUUAUUAUUUAGUCCACUGUCGAAAAAGUGAAAGAUUGCGAAAGAAAACAAACUGAGGAGAGAGUUGAGGUAUUUUAAUAUUGACUGUUAUAUUGUUGCAAUCUGUCUGGUUCUAAUUUAAGAAAAGUGCUUCCAAAUCUCUAGGAAGAACAGUUUAGAACUUAGUUUAGAUUUCCUACAAUGAUUAAUCGAGGUAACCAUGGUAAAAUAAAAAUAAUUUGUGCUGUUUCAGCCUGAUUUAGUGGAGCAAGUAACAACACGAGCUAAUGUCAUCACGAAUGUCACGCUUUGUAAGUAACUAUCAUUAUUUACACUUGCAUGAAAUUUAGCGAUAUUUAAUGAAUAAAUUACCUCUGUCUUUCAGCUGAAAUUAAUUUAUUCCAUAAGCAAAGAGUGAUUGAUCACAAGGCGAUGAUGCAGCAUUUUUUACGAGAGCAAAUUAACUUUUAUCAAGGGGUAAGUGUCACUGUAUGUGAUGGCGAUGAUGCUGGUGAUGAUUGUGCUGAUGAUUAUUUUGAUUGUGAUGAUGAUUAUUUUGAUGGUGAUGAUGAUGAUGAUGAUAACGGUGAUGGUGAUGAUAUGGUGGUGAUUAUGGUAUGAUGAUGAUUAUGGUGAUGAUGAUGUAAUGAUGAUGAUGAUAAUAGUAAUAUAAUAGAGAAAACUUGUACCAAUAAAAAUUUACUGUUGUUCAGAUUGUGAACAAACUUCAAGACUCGUUAGAUAUGUAUGACAAAGUAGUUUGACCAGAUAUCAUGUCAGUCGUACAAUGAUCAAGAUCGUUCGUGAUGCAUAACGCCAUGGUGUGCCUGACCUUACUGCCACCGCGAUAAUCCUCGCCAAAAUAUGCAGUUUUACACUGAAUUCGACGUCAAAUUGAUUGGGGUGGAAGUCAUAUCAAGAUUUUCUAAAUUAUUCAUCGCUUGAUUACACAGAUUUGCUCAGAUAAGUAUGGUUAAACAAACACAGAUAAUACUUUAAAGUUGUUGUGAAUUCGCUUUAGAUGGUCUGACAAUUUGGUUAAUUUGGUCGUGCAGCAUAAUGUUCAUUCUUUUCAUUUUAUGUAGCAGUCUUGUAUUUGGAAACAAAUACAUUUAGGACUGAAAAACGUGUAGUUUAGUUUUGUACUAUAAUUGUGAACAUUUCUGGAAAUGUCACCAUCUCUUGUCCUGUAAUGCUUCAACGUUUUUGCGCAAACUUUUGUAUGAUCAAAUUAGAAUAGAAAUCAAUUUCUGUACAGAUAUAUAAAGUUAGUUUUUAAAUAUAUAUAAUAAGUUAAAUGUUAAUAAAAUGUGGGGAAACAGACGUCUAUAUUUAGAUGCUUCCUAAAUUGAUUUUAAUGUGCAAGCGUUGUUAAGUAAAUUUAUAUACCAGAUCUGUCAGUUCUAAACUGUUCUUCCUAGAGGUCCAGUAAGGGUCAUCUCUUAUUGAUCCAGUGUUACUACAGGAGGAAACCUAAACUAAAUGUUACGUUAUUAACAUCUGCACAUUGAAAAGAGUUUAGGACCAUUUUUUAUCCAAAUAAAAUGUAUUA